UUGAUUUAGACUCGAAAGAUCAAAUUGUAUACCAGCGUAACUCGUAGUAAAAGAAUCCUAGUGCCGUACUGAGGGCUUUCGGGUAUUUAGUAUUUUUCCCAAGGCAGAAAAUCCGGUUGUUGUGAUGAACCCAAAACUCUGCUGCAGAGCUUGGUGGCUACUAUUGGAAAUGCCCGAAGAAUGGCCACGUGGAGUCUCAGACUGGACAAAAACCUACCAGCCACGCCUCAAGACCUUUCUCCGGGUGCUCAAACGCCAAGGGGGCGCUGCUAUGGCUAAUGGAAACUUGGUUGAAGGACAGCGGAUUUCUGAGAGAAUGUGGGAAAGUUGGGAGCAUGGCGACUUUAGGGUCAACUAUGGCGCGCGGAAGAGUUGGGCGUUUGAUGCUGUAUGGCCAAUGAUGGAUGCAAAGUUAUUUGAUGGUGGUAUGGCUCCAGAUCAACACAACUUGCUGCACAGCGAGGAGAGGAUGAGGUUACUUGGAGUUGGGGACAGGGAGGCAAUGGGACUUUUUAUCCAAAAAAAGAUUGGAAGAUAACAAGCAGCGAAAGUUGGAUGAUUGGGAUGAAAUAAUUGCUCAGCCAAGGGAGGUGACGCAGUAAUCUUGGUCGAUUAUAUAUUUCAUGUGAAUGCGACCUGAAUUGUACUUGGACACGUUUCACACCCAC